AUGAGCAAGCCGCCCCCAUUCGCUGCAAGUCGAGAGCAUGCCGGCAAAGUUGGCGAGGAAGGUCAAAUGGAUCAGGAUCCUGCCCCGAAAGGCGCGGACGACCACAGCGCGGGCAACCUGACAAAGGCGAGUGGCAGCUCUCUGACUCUUGCCCAUCCAUACAGCACUCGACGUCCCUCUGCAGCAUCCAUUUAUAGCAAUAGCAGCGGGCGCCGGUCUUCGCACGGACGCCAAAGAUCUCCCUAUCGUAAUCCCGCCUCGCCACCAACGACGCCACUGGGCACAAAAAGUUCCAGGUCGAAGAUUCUGGCUAGCAGCGCAGUGGCGUCCGUCGAGGGGUCACGGUGGCCAUCAGGGGACUUGCCUUCACCCAAUUCAUCCAUACAAAGCCAUCGCGACUCCCCGUCCUCUGCCGCAAGCGAUCAUCAACCGCAGAUUCCAAACGAGUCGACGACUCGAGCAUCUGGACCUCGCCCAAGCAGCAAAGCCAGCACGCGCGGCAGAAGGGUCGCAUCUGCCGGUGACGCCGACCCGAUCAGUAGAGCUUUGCCUGAAGAAGAGGUGCCUCCUGUGCCAUCACUGCGACCUCAACGAGUACAGGGUCUUGCUUCGAGUAGACCUUCCUCGCCCCUGUCCGUGGAAGCGACAUCACCCCUUGCUAGCGCGGGCUCACGCUGGAUCCCGACCGCCUCUGCCAGCAUGUUUGACCUUGCGCAUAGCAAGGCUCGUUUGCGAGGUGGCCAGGCAGAUGUGGCAGCGACACUUUCAAGCUCUGCAUCUGCAGAUGUGUUGCACGGGCACACGGGCCACGCGGUCGAGGCUUCCCCUGGAAAUGAGGGCACAGGGGCGGGCUCCUCAGCAAUCAAGAGCACACUACGCUCCCGCCUGUUUGGGUUGCGCAAGGCCAAAGUCACCAACGGUGUUCCGCAGGCUGAUACGCGCGCCCAUUUGGACGACUCAGGGUCGCCGUCGUCUGAUAUGAGCGCAUCCUCCUCAAAUCGAAGCACCUCCAAACUGGCUGCAGCAGAAGCUCUGCAAAUCGCAGUGGCAACCACACCUGAAGAAGAGCAGAACGCAGAGGCGCGCGCGGCGCCGACGUAUCCACCGCCUCCCGUUCCCGGAAUGGCCAACUCGCAAUCUCAGCCGGUUCAGCUUGCAAACGCAGAUCAUCUUUCUGAAGGUGUACAGGGCCCAGCCGCGAAUGGGCUACGUAGCUCCACCCCGCAAUCAGGGAGUGCUUUGCUUCACCCCUUUGGCGCUGCGGCAUCGCUGGCUCGCAGCGAGAGCUCGAGCUCGCGCUCGCGAGAAAGCAUCGGGGCAGAGAUCGAAGGGGCUGUCGGUAAGUAUUCUCUUGCUAUUUGCUCUUGGUAUUUGAGGGCGUUCAAGCAGCUACUGUUCAGCUCACUUCAUGUCAUUCUACUUCGCAGGCGCCGACGAGGCUUAUUCUCACAUUUCAAAACGGAGCUUGGGGAAGCUGCAAGAGCACGCGUCGUACGAGUCUGAUGCUAGACCUUCGGAAGGAUUGCUGUCAGCAUCUCAUCCAUCUGAAGGAUCCUCGCCUGCCACUCCUUUCUUUCCGGCAGACAGCUCUUUUCUCCGGCUCCAGGAUCGAGCGCGAGCAGGGAGGGAAGAGGAGAGCACGGCAAGUGAGGCAACACAUGCUGUGAGCAGCGCCGCCUUGGCCCCAGCUGCUGUGAUUCGCAACGAAGCUCUGGAUAGGACUCCGCGCGCUAGGGAGAGGUCAGGGUCCAUGGGCGACCGAGGCUCCCCAAAACCUCAACUUGGUGGACGACGACCAGGCACUGCGGAGGGCUCGCCCCGAAGCGAUGCGAGAUUGCGUCCCCAGUCGAUGGGAGCCUCGCCGAUGCAAUCACCAAUCUCGGAGGAUUCAUUGAGCGAGACUAGAUUAAGCCGCUCAAACUCCAAACGGCAUAGUCGCAGAGAAAGCGCUGGUAGCUAUCGCAGCUUGGCGGCAAGCAUAGCUGCGCCGCUGCCGAGGACCAGCAGCCUUCGAAACACGCAAGACGUGCUCUCGGACACGCCUGGAAGGCCUUCUUUGCCACGCCGCUCGAGCUCUACCACGCCAACCACACCUCGCUCCCCGUUGUCUGCCACGCGAACCCUCGAUUCACCUCGUACAAAACUGCUACAGAUGCAGGGCAGCUCUUCCACCUUGAGCCUCCAUGAAGCCGAGCCUUCUUCGCCGAUAUCGCCAGCCUCGACGAGCCCAUCUACUCGUCCGAGCAAAAUGCCAGGCGCUGUUGCAGCUCUUGCUGCACGGUUCGAGAAUGCAGCUGCCUUGCGGCCCGCACUCAAUGGCAGGGCUCAGCACAGCUCCGCGCCUCCCGCCCAGGGCCAAGCUCAUGACCCUCUCGCUUCUGCGGGGCAAGCAGAGCUGUCGCUCGGUGCUUCGGUUUCUUCGAUUCGCGCUCGUCUCGGUGCAUUUCCCACACUCGGAUCUCGCUUAGGAUCGGGUCACCACGUCAACGCUCCAAGUCCUGUGCCCGAAGAGGACUCGACCAGUGCUUCGCAUGGCCUGGGCUCGUCACAAACCUCUCAAGACACUCCUCAUUUGCACUCCGUCCUUGGUCAUCCCCUGCCUUUGAAUCAAGCGGAGACUCUUGAGGAUCAAUCGUCUCGAACUUCCAUUUCCGACAGCACGGCGCCCGCUUCACGUCUGGCUUCGCCAAGCAUUGGCGCGAUUGAGAGCCGCAGACCGGCGCUUCCUCAGAAGAAUGCUCUGCGUGCGAGGGCAGUCGCGAAAUCAAACCAGCUUGGUGCGAAUGCAGAGUCAGGGUCAGCGAUCUCAGCGGCUGGUGAACCGGAAAGUAACGGCUGCUCUGCCGAGAAUGCUCCUCUCAGCCCUGUACGCAGCAGUCUGGAGACAUUCGCUCCCACUUUGGAUGCCCUUGGCUUCUCACCCAGAGGUGAAGAUGUUGCGUUUGACCAUGCAUCUGCCAGCGCAGUCUCUGUUGGAUCUCCUGCUUCCUCGCAGACAGGCUUCCCUCCGUGGCACCAGGGCGUGCAGCUGCAGCCAGCUCCCACGCCAAAGAAAGGUGGUCAUCGACUGUCGAAACAAUCACCCCAACUCUCUGUCGGAUCGUCCGUGGAGUCGCCUGUCGGGCCUCCCGUGCCUGCAAAGGCGGCGAUCGAUGAACCAGUCGAACUUCUCGAUGGGCUUGAUACGAGCUCUCAACCUGACCUCUUGGAGAAGCAUUCACAAACCAGCCUUACGCCAGGCUCUCAGGAUGGUUCGUCAACGUCCUGGCGCACACUCCGCAAGGUCUCACCUUCCGAAGUCCUUGGUAGCAAGCGGAAACCCGGUCCAAGUCGGCCUUCGUCAGCUCACGGCGAAAGCGACUCGACGGUCGAAGUAGGUACUGUUAGCGCCAAGAAGAAGAGUAGCAAGAGAUGGCCCUUCAGCAGCAAAGAUUCGCCUGAUAGUGCUGUGACGCCUGAUACAAUUAGUCCUGGUAGCUUCUUCGGACGGAGCCUGCGGACCCGGCGCCCUACGGAGCCUUCCCGUCCCCAGAUUCGGCGUCUUUUCGAUUCCCCGCAAGAGGAGGAUGGUGAGAAUGGAGUCAUCCAAGCUAAGACUUCCAUGCCUCUGCUUCGCCGGCGGACUUCUGAAGGCAGCGAAGUAUCUCUUGGACAAUUUCCCAGCAGCGCUACCACUGACGCUCAGAUUACGCACACGAUGGAGCAAACAUCCUCCGCUCCCUUGUCACCGCGCGAUGAGCUCUCACCAGAGCUGCGUCGCCUUCUCCGACGCCGGAACGUCAUCUCGGAGCUUGUGGAAACCGAGAAGAGCUACGCGUCUGACCUUGCAGUGGUGCGCGACAUUUAUCUGGCACGAGCGCGGGCUCGGUGCGGUGUGCCUUCGCCUUCUGGAGUCACCCCAGUCCAAUCACCUGGUAGCAUGUUCUCGACCCCUGUGUCAGCAUCCUCUUCCUCUGUAUUCCUUCCGCAGAAGCCUGCAUCGAGUGUCGCGUCGCCGGCAGUGGGAACACAGAGAGUGGUCUCGACCUCAGCUGGAGAUGCGGCACGCGCAUCGAACUACUCGCACCAUUCUGCAAGCACCACUGGCGGAGCUACGACGAAUUCGCGCUCGUCCGUCCACUCUAG